CCCCUCCCCCUCCCUAUAGGAAUCUAUCGCUACGGAAAAAAGAAGAGCAAAGCCAGAAAUGAAAUCUGACUCUGUUUUCUUCUUCUAUUGCUCUGUUUCAGUCUCACCCUCUGUCUCUUUCGUACAUUAAACCUUGACAUCAUUAAACCACACCAAUCUCGUAAUAAUAACAGAAAAGCCCAUGGAAACCGAGGCCGAGGGCCCCGGGCUCCCACAACACCAAGCCCACAAUAAGCCUCUCUCCGGCAUUAACGCUUAUGUUGCAGACAGCAGAAUUGGCAAACGCUUCAAGCUCUCAGAGCGGAACACCACCUUCACCACCGAGCUCCGCGCCGGCACCGCCACGUUCCUCACCAUGGCAUACAUACUCGCAGUCAACGCCUCCAUCCUCACCGACUCCGGUGGCACGUGCUCUGUCUCCGACUGCGUACCACUCUGCUCUGACCCUUCCAUCCCACUCUCUAACUGCACCGGACCCUCACUCUCCAUCAAGAAGCCCGACGUUUCCUGCAAGUUCGACCCGGUAAACCCGGGCUACACGGCCUGCCUGGAGAAGACCCGCAAGGACCUCAUCGUCGCCACCGUUGCCUCCUCCCUCAUUGGCUGCGUCAUCAUGGGAGCCUUCGCCAACCUUCCCUUGGGCCUGGCACCAGGCAUGGGCACAAACGCUUACUUCGCUUACACCGUCGUGGGCUUCCACGGCUCCGGUAACGUCUCCUACCAGAGCGCACUCGCUGCAGUAUUCAUCGAAGGCCUAAUCUUCCUCCUCCUCUCGGCGAUCGGGUUUCGAGCCAAGCUCGCCAAGCUAGUCCCUAAGCCCGUCAGGAUCAGCUCCUCCGCCGGAAUCGGGCUUUUCCUUGCCUUCAUCGGGCUUCAAAACAACCAAGGAAUAGGCCUGGUCGGUUACAGCUCCUCCACACUAGUAACCCUGGCGGGCUGCCCGAGCUCAUCUCGGGCAUCCCUGGCACCCGUGAUCGCCGCGGCAAACGGAACCGUGAGCCUAAUCCCUGGAGGCACAGUUUCCGGCGACAUAUUCUGCCUCCGGGACAGAAUGGAAAGCCCAACACUGUGGCUGGGCCUAGUAGGCUUCAUCAUAAUCGGUUACUGCCUGGUGAAGAACAUAAAAGGCGCAAUGAUCUAUGGCAUCGUGUUCGUAACCGCGGUAUCUUGGUUCCGUAACACGAAAGUAACGGCGUUUCCGAACACGGACGCCGGAAACGCCGCCCACGAAUAUUUCAAAAAAGUUGUCGACAUUCACAGCAUAAAGAGCACCGCGGGAGCGCUGAGCUUCAAGGGCAUAAACACAGGGCAUUUCUGGGAAGCCCUCGUAACGUUCUUGUAUGUCGACAUUCUCGACACCACCGGAACCUUAUACUCCAUGGCGCGCUUCGCCGGCUUCGUCGACGCCAACGGCAACUUCCAGGGUCAGUACUUCGCCUUCAUGUCCGACGCCACGUCCAUCGUCGUGGGAUCACUGCUCGGCACGUCUCCAGUCACGGCGUUUAUAGAAUCUUCAACGGGGAUAAGGGAAGGAGGGAGGACGGGGAUAACGGCGUUGACGGUGGCAGGGUACUUCUUUCUUGCGUUCUUCUUCACGCCGUUGUUGGCGUCGAUACCGGCGUGGGCGGUGGGGCCGCCGUUGAUACUGGUGGGUGUGCUGAUGAUGAGAUCGGUGGUGGAGAUCGAUUGGGAUGAUAUGAGGCAGGCGAUACCGGCGUUUGUGACGCUGUUACUGAUGCCGUUAACGUAUUCCAUUGCUUAUGGUCUUAUUGGUGGGAUUGGCACUUACAUAAUGUUGAACCUUUGGGACUGGUUUUCGAUGCUUUUAGGUCACUAUGGCCUCUUUCUCAAACCAUCUAAUGCUCCUCCUCCUCCUUCUUCCAAUUCCCAUAAUCUUGGGGUUCAAAGUAAUGGAUCUUCUGUUAAAGAGCUUCAAUUACAUCAUGUUUAGGUUUGCUUUAUUGGAUUAUUUAUUUAUUUUUAUUAGCUUCUCAUUCAUACGACAAUUUGAUAGGAAGCUAGGCUUUCACACACAGUACCACUAAGUAGUCUUCUUAUGACCUUUAGGUAAUAGAACCACUUCUGAAUUCAAUUAAUGUCCAAUUAUAGUUUUUAGGUAAUAGGGAUUAUUAUUGUGAAUACAUGCUUUGGUUCCUUUAAUGGUUAAUGUAUACCUUUGUUACUCUUU